GUUCCCUUUGAUGAUUCAUCAGCUGUGGUUGUGUCAUCAUCCUCAUCUGCAGACUCAUCUGCAGUGGUGGCCAGAAUCUCUUCUUCCAAAGCUUCCUCAUGCUCAGAUUCAUUUUCAAUUGCAGCUGCCACAGCAGUCUCUUCUGCUGCGAUUUCACCUUCUGCAGUCUCUUUCUUUGAUUCGUCUUCACUUGUGACAGCAAACUCUUUUUCUACAGCCAUCUCAUCUUCAGUUGUUGCUUCUUCGGCUGGUCCCUUUAAUGUUUCAUCAGCUGUGGCUGUGUCAUUGUUCUCAUCUGCAGACUCAUCUGCACUUUUGGCAGCAAUCUCCUCGUCAUCAUCGACUGUCCAGUCUUCCACUGCCUCUUUGUCAGAUUCACUUGCUGCUGCCAUAGUCAUCUCUACUGCUGCAUUUUCAGAUGCCUCUUCUGUUAGUUCAUCUUCACUUGAGACAGCAGUCUCUUUGUCUACAGCAAAAUCAUCUUCAGUUGUUACAAACUCCAUUGGUGCCUUUGACGAGUCAUCAGGUGUGGCUGCGCUAUUGUCCUCAUCUAUAGAAUUAUGGUCCCUGAUCGCAGGAAUCUCUGCGUCAUUAUCAACCAUCUCUGCUUCCACAGCCUCAUCUUCAUCUUCAGUUGUGGCUUCUGCAUCAGUCUCUUCUGCUUCAUUGUCAUCUUUGUCUUCAGUUGUCAUAAACACUGCAAUCUUUCCUGCUGUAUUUUCAUCCUCAGCUGUGGUGGAUUCAGCAGCGUCCUCCUCUAAUAAAUCUCCAGGUGUGUCUGCUUUCUCUGUCUCUACCAUGGAUCCAUCUUCAACUGUGCCUAUGUCUACACUGUGUGCCCUUUCAUCUGUUACUGUUUCUUCAGCAACAGUCUGUUCAGUCAAUUCUUUGAUGGUGUCUACUUCCUCUGCUUCAUUGUUUUCAGACCUAUCUCCUUGACCUUUAUCUUGACACACAUCAGUUGCUUCCUUUUCA